AUGACUCCACAUCGUCUUGCCGAAAUUUUUGCGCCGUCUUUCUUCAGAGCCGCGGACCCCUUAGAUAAACGCUUACCUCAAACUGCUGCUUUUUGUAUAGAGGCCCUAACAGCAGCAAUCGAAGAGCCUUCGCUUGUACACGAAGGGUAUUCAAUAGAAGGCAGCAGCAGCAGCGAGAGCAGCAGCAGCAGCAGCGACAGCGAAAGCAGCAGCAGCGAGAGCAGCAGCAGCAGUAGUAGCAGCGACUCUUCUGAAGAAGAAGAUUCAGAAGACAGCAGCAGCAACGAAGAGUCUCCUUCUAAAAGCGGUGGCGCUGCAGCAGCAAAGCAAACAAAUCAAUCUGCUGUCUCUAAACCAUCUCCUGCUGCUGCUGCUGCUGCUGCAGCACAUCCCUCUACUUCUUCUUCUUCUAAAGCAACACCUAAGAAGAGCUUCCCUGCAGCCAAACGUCCUCCGCCUCCCGCUCCUUCGUCUUCAUCUUCAUCUUCGUCUUCUUCUUCGUCUUCGUCUAGCGAGUCAGAAGAAGAAGAAGAAGAAGAAGAAGAUGAAGAAUAA